GGUUUAGUCAGUGGUGGUAGUAGUAGUAGUAGUAGUCUAGUUCUUUUGCAGCCGCCAAGGAUAUAGCGAAACAAUGGCUGGCGGUAAGGCGGGGAAAGACUCCGGGAAGACGAAGACAAAGGCCGUUUCGCGCUCACAGAGAGCGGGGUUGCAGUUCCCGGUUGGCCGCAUUCACCGGCACCUCAAGUCCAGGACGACGAGCCACGGCCGCGUUGGCGCCACUGCGGCCGUGUACAGCGCUGCUAUCCUGGAGUACCUCACUGCGGAGGUUUUGGAGUUGGCAGGAAAUGCAUCUAAGGAUCUCAAGGUGAAGCGCAUCACUCCGCGACACUUACAGUUGGCCAUCAGGGGCGACGAGGAGCUGGACUCCCUCAUCAAGGCCACCAUUGCCGGUGGUGGUGUUAUUCCCCACAUCCACAAGUCUCUGAUUGGGAAGAAAGGACAGCAGAAGACUGUGUAAAGUGCUGUUUUGACUGCAUCCAUUUCAGGAUGGCUGUGGUUUUGUAAGCAUUUUUGAAGAUUGACUUGACAAGAGGCUAUGGAGAUGAGCUUGGCACCUACUCAUUUCUGGGGUAUUUUAAACAAAAAUGGCUUCAGAGAAGCUUGGUUUUACUUUUGCCUUGUUUGGGUAUAGCAGUUGUGUGUAUGCUUCUGAUCUUUGGGUUAGGAAGUAAGUGUUAAAUCCCUCUGGUUUGGUUGAAACUGUAUCCUGGAAUAAAAUGUCAAACUAU